AAUUAUGGGGGAUCUGAAGAUAAACAAUUGAAUUUUGUAAGAAUGGAUAUGGAUUUGGAAUUGUAAAUUAAACAUUGGGAUAGUAUUAAUCUAAUUUAAAAAAUCUAAACCCCUGAAAGAGAAUAAUCAGCUACCGCAGUGGAAUUCAUCUUCCCCUCUUGUCUAGGGUCAGGUCAGGGCUCAAUUUCUCAUCCAAUUUUGCGUUGAAUUGAAGUUACUGUGGUUAUGGAUCUUCAGAGCUUGGCAGCGAUUUUGCAAGGUGCACUCAGCCCCAAUCCUAUCGAACAGAAAGCAGCCGAAAGGAGUCUCAAACAGUAUGAGUAUGCGCCGCAGCACUUGGUGAGGCUGUUGCAGAUUAUAGUUGAAGUGAAUUGUGAUAUGGGGGUUAGGCAGGCGGCCAGCAUUUCUUUCAAGAAUUUUAUUGCUAAGAAUUGGGCGCCACAUGAAUCUGGUGUACCAUCAAGGAUCUUGCCCGAGGACAAGGAAGUAGUGAGACAGAACAUUCUCAAUUUUAUUGCUCCAGUUCCUUUACUGUUAAGGGCACAGCUAGGUGAAUGCUUGAAGACUAUCAUACAAGCAGAUUAUCCAGAAAAAUGGCCAAAACUUUUGCCCUGGGUGAAACAUCAUCUGCAGGAUCAGCAAGUUUUUGGAGCUCUAUUUGUACUUAGGAUUCUUUCCAGAAAAUAUGAGUUCAAAUCAGAUGAAGAGAGAAUCCCUAUCCAUCACAUUGUUGAAGAAACAUUUCCUCAUCUGCUUAACAUCUUUAACUGGCGUGUUCAGAUUGCUAACCCUUCCAUUGAAGAAGCAAAUUUGAUCAAGCUUAUUUGCAAGAUAUUCUGGUCAUGUAUCUAUUUGGAGAUUCCAAAGCAGUUGUUUGACCAAGCUGUAUUCAAUGCCUGGAUGGUACUUUUCUUGAAUAUAUUGGAGAGGCCCGUUCCUGAAGAAGGACAACCUGCUGAUCUUGAGCUUAGAAAAUCAUGGGAUUGGUGGAAAGUGAAGAAGUGGACAGUGCACAUAUUAAAUCGUCUUUUUACACGGUUUGGAGAUGUGACACUUCCAGAUCCCGAACACAAAGCUUUUGCCCUAAUGUUUCAGAAGAAUUAUGCUGGGAAGAUAUUGGAGUGCCAUCUAAAUAUGUUGAAUGUGAUUCGUAUUGGUGGAUAUUUACCAGAAAGAGUAAUCAAUCUAAUGUUGCAAUACCUUAGCAAUAGUAUCUCCAAAAGUAACAUGUACAAUCAGCUGAAGCCAAAACUUGAUGUUGUCCUUUUUGAGAUUAUCUUUCCAUUGAUGUGCUUCAAUGACAACGAUCAAAGACUUUGGGAUGAAGACCCGCAUGAGUAUGUGAGGAAGGGAUAUGAUAUAAUUGAGGAUUUAUAUAGUCCUAGAACUGCUGCGAUGGAUUUUGUGAGUGAGCUGGUUAGGAAACGUGGAAAGGAGAACCUUGAAAGAUUCUUACUAUUUGUUGUAGAAAUCUUUAAGAGAUAUGAUGCGGUAGCACCUGAAUAUAAGCCAUAUAGACAGAAAGAUGGUGCCCUUCUUGCAAUUGGAGCAUUAUGUGACAAACUAAAGCAAGCUGAACCGUACAAAUCUGAAUUGGAGCUCAUGCUUGUACAACAUGUGUUCCCAGAAUUCAACAGUCCUGUGGGACAUCUUAGAGCUAAGGCUGCAUGGGUUGCAGGGCAAUAUGCUCACAUCAAUUUCUCUGAUCCAAACAACUUCCAAAGAGCAUUGCAAAGCAUUGUUGCAGGGAUGCGUGACCCAGAGCUUCCUGUUCGUGUCGACUCUGUCUUUGCUUUGCGCUCUUUUCUUGAGGCCUGCAACGAUUUGGAUGAAAUCGGUCCCAUUCCACAGUUGCUUGAUGAUCUUUUUAAACUCAUGAAUGAAGUUGAAAAUGAAGAUCUUGUAUUUACUCUUGAGACAAUGGUAGAUAAGUUUGGAGAGGAGAUGGCUUCCUAUGCUUUUGGUUUAUGCCAGAACUUGGCAACUAUUUUCUGGAAGUGCAUGAACUCUGCGGAAGCAAAUGAAGAUGGUGAUGAUCCUGGUGCCUUGGCGGCCGUUGGUUGUUUACGUGUCAUAAGCACAAUCCUCGAAUCUGUCAGCAGACUACCCCAUCUCUUUGCAGAUAUAGAGCCAAUUUUACUGCCAAUAAUGCAUAAGAUGUUGACUACUGAUGGCCAAGAUGUUUUUGAGGAAGUUUUGGAGAUUGUAUCAUCUAUGACUUUUUACACUCCUGCUAUAUCGCUCGAGAUGUGGAACCUUUGGCCGAAACUAAUGGAUGCACUGGCUGAUUGGGCAAUUGAUUUUUUCCCAAAUAUCUUGGUUCCAUUGGGUAACUAUAUAUCCAGAAGCACCGAGCAUUUUUUGACAUGCAAGGAACCUGAUUAUCAGCAAAGCCUUUGGAAAAUGAUUUUAUCUAUCAUGAGUGACAAAAAUUUGGAGGAUGGUGAUAUUGAGCCAGCACCUAAGCUCAUUCAAGUGUUAUUCCAAAACUGCAGGGGGCGUGUUGAUCAAUGGGUUGAACCUUACUUACGAAUCUCCAUCGAGCGUUUGCGUCGUUCUCAGAAACCUUAUUUAAAAUGCCUUUUGAUUGAAGUGGUUGCUGAUGCUCUGUAUUAUAACGCACCAUUGACACUUAGCAUAUUGCAAAAGCUUAAUGUUGCUACGGAAGUAUUCGGCCUUUGGUUCCAAAUGUUACAACAAACUACGAAGAGCGGAGCUCGUGCUAAUUUUAAAAGGGGACAAGAUAAAAAAGUGUGCUGUUUGGGCUUAACAUCAUUGCUCUCUCUACCUGCCAAUCUAUUGCCAGGAGAAGCAUUGCUCCAUUUUCUCAAGGCUACUCUCGGUCUACUUGUUGCCUAUAAAGAGCAGCAACGAGCAGAAUCUGGAAAGGAGGAUGCAGAUGCAGAUGCAGACGCAGACGCAGAGGUUGAAGAGGCAGACACUGAUGACAUGAGCAGUAUUCAAUCUGAUGAUGACGAUGAUGAUUCUGACAGGGGUAUGGGGGUUGAUGAUGAGGAUGGAGAUGAAGCUCAUACUCGUAGACUUAAAAAAUUGGUUGCUCAGGCCAAGGCUUUCCGUAGUGCUCAACCAGAAGAUGAAGAUUCAGAAGACGACUUCAGCGAUGAUGAACUGCAUUCAGCCCUCAAUGAAGUCGACCCAUUUAUUUUCUUUAUCGACACAAUAGGAGCUCUACAAGCUUCAGACCCGUUGCGGUUCCAAAAUCUCAUGCAGACGCUCGACAACCAUUAUCAGCAACUUGCCAAUUGCGUAGCGCAGCACGCCAACCUGAGAAAAAUCGAAAUCGAAAGGAAAAAAAGGGAGAAGGCCACAGCGCCAGCCGGUGCACUCUUGUGAUAUAAAAUCUAUUCCUGCUUUCUAUAUCCUUUGGUUAGCCUCCAUGGAAACUAACAGUCGAUACAUUUCUCUCAAGCCCCGGCUGCCUGCGUAGGUAACAAUCAUUCUCUACGGCUUUCUUGCUGAUCGCUCUUAUGGAUUUUAUGGUAGAUAGGAAUUUGGGCACUGCGACAUCGAGUUUGGGAGACAGCUGGAUAAUCGACUACCUUAGAGCUCGGCCCCCUUCCGAGGGUACCAUUUUUGUACAAUGCAUAGGAGUUUAUUCGAGGUAAAAUUUGUCAUAUAUUGGGGAAUAAAAAUGAUAUUUUUCUCCUCUU